GAGAGCUUCCCCCUCACUCUGACAACUGUCUCACCUUGGACAGCUGGUGAUACGGACAGGAUCUCUCUUCAGCCAGGGAACGUGAACUCUAAGCUACAGCCAUGGCUCGUUUGGACCAGGUCAUCACAAACAUUGUGGAUAUUUUUCUGGACUAUGCUGAUGAUGACGGCAAGAAAAAGAAGUUAUUAAACAAAGAAGAACUGAAAAAGAUGUUGGAGGACGAAAUACAAUGUCCUGAGUUAAAAGACAAAAUCAAUGCAGGUGACAUUGAGGAAGCCAUGAAGAUGCUGGAUAAAAACCACGAUGGCGAGCUUAACUUCAGAGAGUUUUGUCGGUGCGUGAGUGAGCUGGCCAAGUGCUACUACCAGAAGAAGACAGGCAAGGGUGGCAAGAAAGGCAAGGGGAAAGAACAAGAAGGUGAACAAGAAGACUAAAGAACCAACCCUUAAAGUGUUUGUAGCAUCUUAAUGUAUUUAGAAAUAUUUCAUGACAUUUACAGUGUAUGUUAUACGUGAUACAGCUGACCCUGGAACCAGAUGUUGCUAUAUUUGGCCAUUUCCACAUCCAUCAUUUAAAUCAAGCUUAUUAUUUCUGUUUUGAAAGUUCAUGCAAGAUGUGAUAUUCGCUACCUUAGAACCUCUGUCAACAGGUUUUCAAAGAACUUUACAUUUAACACUUUGCUGAAAAUAAAUAAAAGCAAUAAAGUUUGA